CAGCUGACUCUCAGUGUGCAGCAUGAGUACCCGUGGAGCAGACAGACAGAUGCCUCCCAGCCUCCUGCCAUUCUGCCCCCUCAGCAGACAGCCCCAUCCUCUUGCUCCGAGCAGAGGACGCAGAGUCGGCUCCAGCCAUGGGACCGCGUCUCAGCAGCCUGAACACCGGAGCCUGUCUGACUGAAGGUAUCUCCAAAACUAUGCAACUCGCACCAAAACAAUCUAGAUUGAUAACAGACCAAACCUACAUUAUGACGGAAUUAGAAGCUUCUGGGGUGGUGGAUCAUCCCCCACCCUACAUAAUCUUUGUGGUGGUCUUCCUCUUCUUCCUCACCGGACUGCUCGGCUUUCUCGUCUGCCACCUGUUGAAGAAGAAGGGCUACCGCUGCCGCACUGGAGACAUGGACGAUGAAAAGGAGGAGGAGAAGCUUGGAGGAAACGCAGACGAUGAGGACGAAGAGAACCAGGACACAGUGGAGCAGAUCCUCAAAUGCAUUAUUGAAAAUGAAGCUAACAUGGAAGCUUUCAAUGAGAUGUUUGGAAACCAUGCGCAACAUGACCCCAGGUUGCGUAAGGAGUCUGUUGGUGGUGUUCCUCCCCAUCACCACACAGUCCACUCAGGCUCCGCCCACAACUCCUGUCACCUCUGUGCCCAGGUCCGAUCUAAAAAGGGCCGAAGACAAAGUCGACCCCCCCGCUUUAAACAACGACCAGGAGAGCAGACUGUCUUCUCUGUUGGCAGGUUCCGGGUGACGCACACUGAUAAGAAGCUCCACGGAGGUCCUAAUCCAUUGGUCAAUUCAGGAGACCAGCUGGACCAAUCCCAGGACAGUGAGGAGCCUAAGGAAGGCGGGUACAAUCUAAGAAGCAUGUUCAAGGAUGUCCAAUCACCUUCAGAGGGCUCUACUGUGAACGUGGGGAAACGCAGGAAGAGUGUAACCAUAUUUGGGUUAAGGCGGGGUAGCGACCCCGUUGGCAUUAAAGUAAAAGAAGGGACCGGAAGGGAGACCGGAGGUAUUAGAUUCGCUAUUCAGCAGCAACCUGUAGUGCUGGAGGAACUGUUGCAGGCAGAGAACAUUGAAGUUGCUAAUGGAAGUGAUACUAAACCUGGUAUCAAACCUGAAACCAAGCCCUCAAAGAGUCAAACUCUCGCUUCACCUCAACAUGUGCCUAACAUUUUAGGUUCUGUUAAUUCUCCCUCUUACCAAAGUAAGGAUCUGGUGCAUGCUCUUAAGGAUGGCUCUAAACAUAGACCUAGUGCUGAACCUGGUACCAACCAUAUGUUCAAACUUUCCAUUGGGACUUCUGUAGCUUCUGCCCCGAGCUCUCUUCCCAUUCCAUCUCCUGCUUUAUCUGAACAUUCAUUUAAGACAACAGAAAAACAAGGCAAUGUUGUUGAGGAUAAGGUGUUAAAAAAGGAAGAGGCAUAUGAUCCUGGUCCACUACAGACCUCUACACCCAUUGCCCCAAUUCCUGUAUCCAUUCCAGGUUUCACUCCUGUCAUUCCUAUUGGUCAACCUGAACCCUGUUCGAGCCCAGGUUGUUCAGUUACUGAAACUCCCCGUGACCCAAGCUUCAGCACAGAUCUGGAAUCAGGUUUUGGUGCAAGCCUAGCUUUAAUAAGCUUAGGUUCAUCUCCUCCAUCUUUGUUACCAAUCAAGACCCCAUCUUCAUCCUCUUCAUUAAAAAUGCCCAUCUCACUGGUGGGGGUCACACCAAGCCCCAAACUAAGCUCAAGAAAUACACCAUCAGAGGCUGGAAAAACAGCCUUUUCCUCAAGCCCCAAACUCCCAUCAGGCACAGCGAUGUCUAGCCAGGCCCCUGUUCUAUCUUCAUCAUUUAGAAAAAGUACAAGUCCAUUACAAGCACCAAUUCUCUUACCUGCUCUUACUGCUAGCUCCAAACUUGACACCAUGCCAGUUUCACCACAAACCCCCUCUUCUUCUACAGCGGACCACAACCUGUCCUUCAGAAGUUCACCUCGUCUGACUUUGAAGUCAGGAAGUGUGGUGUCUGUAGCAUCUAUGACCAGAGGGGAUAUGAUUUCUUUAAAGGAACAAGAGCUAGAAGUAGCCAGAACCCUGAAGACGGAAGAAAAAACUGAAAUAACGAGAGUAGGGAUUCUGAAAACAGUUAUACUUUCACCAGUUGAGGGACAUUCUAAAGGUUCUGCCCUUUACUCUCCCACUGAAAACAGACUGAGCAGUUUGCCUCUGUCACCUUCCAGUCCACUGUCCCUCUCCUCACCUAUAGGAAGCAGAAUAAACAGUGUGACCAUCAUCAAAGCCAGCCCAGACAGCAAGAGAGAGUUUUCUGUUGUCACCCUGAUGGAGCAGGAAGUAUCCUCUACUUCAAUAAAACAACAGAAAGGAGCAACUUCUGAACUCAGGGUUGAAUCAGAAAAAGGAGAUGAGAUUUGUGUUUCAGGUGUUGGACAUCGUGAAAGUCAAAAUGAAGAGACUCCUAGAGCAGAAGUUAAACCAAGGGUGAGCCAAGAGAAGGAUGAUAUGGUGGAGAUGGAAGAUAUUAGGGACUGCAAAGUGACACAGGUGGAAGAAGAAGAGAGGGUGGAGGAGGAGUUGGAGAAGAUGGUGACAAUUUAGUCAAGUGGCACUCUUUACUUAGGAAAGGGAAUGUAAAAAUAAUCAAAUUAAGUAAUUAUGAACAUGCCUUUAAUUAUGUAACCACAACAGUGAAUAUGUUGCUGCAAAACUGGACUGGCUGGUUAACUGACCAGCCAGUCCAGUCCAUCAGAUUAUCUUCCACAAUAUAAUGGAGGUUGCAUGUUUUAGCCUUUUCAUCACAAAUCACAUAUACUUUACAUCAUAGCUAACCUUUUUUGCAGACCAUGUGUUUUACAUUUUUUAAUUGAUUUCACAGGCAGGUCACGGAGUAGUUCCCCUUUGACUAAAUGGUGAUCACAGUUGGCUAAUAGGUGCUUAAUUUUCUUGCUAACGACCUGAUUACAUUUGAAUCUUUAACCAGAGCUGUCUGAUUAAUUAAUUGAUUGGAAACCAUCAUGAUUAAUUAUUGAUGUAUAAAUGUGCUCAGGGCUUGUGAAUCAAGAUGUACAGCACAAGCACACAGGAUAAACAGUCACUCAAUGGGCAGCUUGGCCAUUGGAGAUGUCUCAGUUUUGUAAAUAUGCAAUAUGCUUCUUUGCUAUAUUGUCGUAGCUUUUGGCAAGUACAGUAUAUAGCCGGGUAAAAAAACUGUUGAUUGAUGACAACCAAUCUCACUUACAACUUCCAACACAUGGUCAGUGCCACUCGGUGUCUGAUACCGACACACCAACGCACCUUCAGCACCUGCACGGAACACACCAGGCUUUCAACUAACUCCAAUGUAAGUGUGUCGGUAUAAGACGGUCAGUGGAACUGACCAAGCGCAAAGUCCAACUUUGACUUAUGUUACCUCACUUUUGUUAACUCACAAAUGCGCUGUUAGUUAAGUAAACAAGUGAGUUAACAAGCAUUACAAAUUGUUUUAUUUAUUAUUUAUUUUACUUAUUUUAAGUUGCCUAGUAAACUUAAAAACGGCAUGUAACAAGCAGAAACAGAAAAGCCUUCCUUCACACAUCCACAACUGAUGCUCGUGGGGUAACUAGAGCAUCAUAGUUUGAAGCGUAAAGCCACUGACCAAGUGUUGGUAUUUUACGGCUGACAUUUAAGUCCACAUUUAAUUCUCUUUUUUUGUUGCACUGUUGUUGUUGGUGUUAUCUUUUAUGAGGUUAUUUUGUAACAGUACAACCUUUUUCCAUAAAUAUUUCAAAGGUAUUCUCAAAACCUUAAGAGUUUUGCCUUGAUGAAUAUUAUUGUCAUGUUGAACUCCAAACCUCAUCAUAGCUUGAAGCGUAGAGCCACUCACCAAGUGUUGGUAUUUGACAGGUUAGGAGUAAAACUGUGUUGCCUAUGAGAGUGUACACUUAUGGAUGUUCACAAUGGCCCCACAGAUUCACCCCGACCUGCACAGGUUAGUGCUAGUGAAGACAUAAGGACUUGAUCUCUCACUGGCUUCCGACCAUACAACUACAACCAGUUGUUUUGAACAGGAAUCUUAUUCGGUGGUGGACAAGUGCUUUCUUUUCUUAUUACUACCAAAGACCCUGUCAGCAGUCAUUGAUGUAACCAAAGAGAGUAGUCUAGACCAGUAUAGUCUUAUGUUCUUAUACAAGUGUAAUCAGACAUGUCCAUUAGUAAAUAUAUUAUAUUUACUGUAUAGCAGUCACUCCAGUCACAGUAGUUUGUGAAAUGUAUUCAGAAACAGUUUAUGUUCUGCUUGUUAUUCACAAUACUUUUCUCUUCUCAAACUGUCUUGUAAUGUGUUCAACAUGAAUUAAACCAGGAUAGUCCAAAAACAAUGAUAACAAGUGAUGGGUGGCAAGUACAGCCAUAUACUUUGUACUAAGUACUGAUGAUAGUAGUAUAAAUCAGUACAUGCCAAGGCAUUACAGUGGAGGAGCCCCAUAUGUGAAAUAAGCUCUCAGACCUGACACUUACACAGAAUAAACUCUGCUGUCCUUAAAGCUGUGAAACUUAAGAAUUAUGUAUUUUCAAGUAUAACUUGCAACGCUUCUACAGUAGAGAAGAGAAUCAUACUCAUAGUUACAGGUGCAUGAUGUUAUACAUAAACUAUCCACAACUUCACCA